GCCAUUUGCACGAAAUACUGGGGUCUGUAAUUGGGCACAAAUCCGCAGGAAAUAAGCAAAAUAGUGGAGUUCCGCCUCGCCGAUCACAGCUCAGGCUGACGAUAGAUUUCAGGCAGCGAAAUAUAUACUUCGUCCUGGACUUCAAUUCUCACGAUAAGAGUACCACAACACCUGGAGUCACCUUUGUCGCGUCACAUCCUGCAAUCUCUGAACAUGGCCUCAGAUGAUACCCUGUCGGAAGAGGCAAUUCCCAUGCUGGCGGAAAUGGAUGAGGAUCAUCCGACACCUUCGAAGUACUGGUUUCAGGUACAACGACCGCGAACGAUUGCGCUUCUCCUUUCCCUCCUGAUCCUCAUACUCAGUACGGCUAGCAGCUUAAUGAUUGUACCCACGACUCGGAUCCUAGAGGACGCGAUUUGUCGUAAACAUUAUGACGUAGAAGGGCAAGCAGAUAUCGAUGAAAAAUUAUGCAAGAAAGAUGAGAUCCAAUCUCAGCUUGCUUAUUUGAACGGCAUCGUUUCCAUGCUGGAAGCUGUUUUCGGAUUGAUUGUUGCUUUCCCCUAUGGUGUUCUCUCUGAUAGAAUUGGGCGCAAGCCUGUGUUCUUCCUUUGCUUGGGCGGAACUAUGCUGAAUGUCACAUGGACUUUUUGCAUCCUUCGGUUUUGGCAUACGAUACCCGUACAGUUCAUCGUUGUUGCCCCAGCGUUCCUCUUGGUUGGUGGGGGAUAUACCGUUGUGAUCGCCGUAUUGUACGCCCUUGCUGCAGACGUGGAGCCAGAUGCGAAUAGAGCGUCGGCUUUCUUCCUCAUGUCGGUUGCAUAUCUAACUGGAACCAUGCUGGGAGCACUCGUAGCGUCCAAGCUUAUGAUGACCUUUUCAGCCUGGAGGCCACUGCUGAUCGCCUACGUGAUGAUACCUCUGGGGACAAGCGUCAUGAUAUUCAUUCCAGAAACCUUACAAGCAAAGCCCGACAGCCACAAGGAUGCCACUUUAGAAGAGGAAACGUUUAUCUCGUCUGCAAAAUCCCAGAUACGAGAGGGUUUCAUGCAUGGAGUCAGAUGCCUUUCCAUGUUCAAGUCUGUGUCGCUGGUCUUGAUCAUCCUUACCUACCUCCUCCACUUCCCCAGCAUCACAGCCAGAGGCCAAUUCUUCGUACAAUACUUUAGCAAGCGCUUCGACUGGGACCUGGCUAAAACCGGAUAUCUCCUAGCAUUGCGCGGCGCUGUCAGUAUCUUCAUGCUCCUGGUUGCACUUCCAUUACUGUCGAAGCUCCUCCUCUCUCCCUCGGUUCGCAUGACUGUCGCAAGAAAGGAUCUUGCCCUGGCCCAAUUCUCGAUACUUGCCACCACUAUUGGAGCAGUUCUUCUAGGCUGUUUUAAUAUCCCGACUGUCAUCUCGGGCGUUGUGAUCGCUACCCUUGGCGAUGGCCUCUCCCCGCUGUGCAGGUCGCUUGCAACCUCUUUCGUCGACUCCCGCCACACCUCGAGUCUUUAUGUUUUGAUUGGCGUCGUUGAGACGAUUGGCAUGAUAUAUGCAGGGCCGUCACUAGCUUGGUUUUUCGCCACAGGAAUGAAGCUGAAAGGGCUAUGGUUGGGAUUACCAUAUUUCUGGCUCGCAUCGAUUGCUGCUCUAGCCACGGUUGGGCUGUGCUUUGUGAAGCUUCCUGCUGGCUCGGUGAAGCUGGCUGAAGUCGACGCCAUGUUUGAUGAGGACGAAUCGGAUCUGAUGGAUAGAAACGAGGUGUAGACUCAGAAUAGACGCGAAUGAAUAGAAUUUUAGAUUCAAUACAUGGGC